ACUCACCGUGAGGAAAGGGCCCUCCUCGGGGUUAGGCCCGGCCACGCCCCCAGGCCCGUACAGGGCGCCGCAGCCGCUGCCGCCCCUCGCAGCGCCCUCCCGCCACAGGGCAGGCCGGAGCAGCAGGAGGCCCUUGUCCGGCUCAGCGCCGCCCAGCAUCGGCCCCGCGCAGCCACAGCGCAGGCCGCCUUCGUUGCCGCCGUCGUCGCCGCCGCCAUCCCGCGGCCCAGGCGCGAAGAGGAGGCUCCUCCGCUCCGCUGAGGCUCUGGCUCUGCUCCGCCUGUCAGGCCCGCCGCGGCCAAGGCCACCUACAAUGCCCCGCGCGCGACGCAAGUGGGGAGGGGGCGUUCUAGGCACGCGCAGACUAUAGAGAGGGAGGGGCGGGUCUUCCGGGUCCCUUUCGCGACGCCAUUUUUUAUGCACAGAGAUAAAAUUAAAAGGCAACUAGCCCAUUGUCUGGAUCGUCAGUUUCCGGAUUUUUAAAAAAACAAACAGGAGACGCUCCUGUAAAUCCUUGGCUGGUAUAUAGAGUUGCAUAGACUAUUACCAAGCCCUUGAAUUCAGCCCCGGAGCACGCAGGCCACGAGGGCUCAGCUUUUAAGACCAGUUGUUUCUUUGCUAUGUUGUAAGCCGCUUGGAGAACUCUUGUGCAGGAAGUGACUUAAAAAAACCUAACAAACAAUUAAAAAAAUCGAGAUAGAACCUUGUAUCCCGCUUAUUUCCCCGAAAGAUUCUCACAAUGACAACCCCAUUUAGGGGGUCUUCUCCCCCGAUCUCCGGUCCCCUUGGUUCCUAUGGGCAGUUCUCUCAUCUAUGUGCGUGGGGGGGGAGAUCAAGAAAAUGGGGCCCUCAGUGAACCCGGAAUUUUUGUUUCAAGGCGAGAUGUUCUCUUCACUUUUUUCUUAUCUCCGUGGCAACGCCAUUCGGAUUCUCCGUUCAGUAACGCAUGAUCAUGUGACCCGCGGCAGUUCCAAGAUGGCGGCCUCCUUGAGGGUGGGCGAACCGCUGCGUCGGAUCCUGUUGGACUCCGAGCUGAGGCGGCUGCAGGAGGACCUGCGGGCCGAGCUGGAGGCGGCCCUGGAUGACGACGAGGCCCGCCUGCCCUUCGGGCUCGUCCGGAAGCUCCACCGAGCUCUGCGGGAGGCGGGUUCUCGAGUUUAUCUUCAUGAACUGCUGGAAGGCAGUGAGAUCUUCCUUCCUGAAGAGAAAAAACCUCCCAGGAACCCAGAACUAGUGGCCCGGUUAGAGAAGAUCAAGGCUAAGCUAGCCAACGAGGAAUACAAGAAGAUGACAAGAAACAUCAACUGCCAGGAACUGAACCGAUACGGCACUUUGGCUGACCUUGGAAGGCAAGUGAGGUCCACCAAGGCCCUGGUCGUCACCAUAUUCAACUUCAUUGUCACUGUGGGAGCCACGUUUGUCUGUACCUACCUGGGCAGCCAGUACGUCUUCACGGAAACGGCAGCGCGCGUGCUGUCCGCUGUGAUCAUGGCGUCAGUGGUGGGUUUGGCAGAGCUCUACGUGAUGGUGCGGACUCUGGAAGGGGAACUGGGAGAGAUGUAGCUUUUCCUGGCUGGGCUCUCUGUCCUCGCUGCUCCUACAAGGCCCACGGAGGUGGGGUCAGAGACCAGAGCUACCCACAAAUACCAGUAUGAACCACCAAGGGCAAAGGGGGCACGCGCUCUGCACCUUUUCCUCCAGCAGCUGCACACAGACUCCUUUGCUGCUCUGCGUCCCCUACUCUGCGAAGAGCCUUUCCCCAGAGACACUUUCCUUCCUCUGGCAUGCAGAGGCUCUGAGGGGUUCCGCAGUGUGGGGUUUUCCUGCAGCCAUCACAGCCAGAAAGGCUCUGGACUCAGAGAUGGAAGAAAGCAGCUUCACGCCGGCAGUGGAAGAUCCUGCUUGCGUUUCCAUCACACCUGCAGGCUGGGAUGUUGCUCUCCUCGCAGUGUGGGCCCCCCCACACCUCCGCUGGCAGGGCCAGAGGGAGGGGCUGGUAGUGGUCACCUUUGGCCCCUCAGCGCCCUCUCAAGCAUGGAGGGGCUCACCUUUUGGCUGAUGUUGUGCAAAGCCCAGCAGCCGGCCCUGAAAGGCCGCAUCCUGUUCCUCACCGUUUUGAGAUUCUGUCCCCUGUCUUAAUGUGUAGAAAUCCAAUUCAGUUGUGAGCAAUAAACUGAUCAGAAACCGUUCACGUUGUGGCUCAAACAG